AUGACUCGCCUCCUCCCUCCGCACGCCUUUUCUAAUGUCCCCCGCGUCUUCUGCCCCCCAGUCCCGGCUCGCUCUGCGACGUCUGCGCAGACGAGUAUGGCCCCCGCAGCCUCCCACACUCCAUUCCCUGCGACGCCGUCCUGCCCCUUCUGCCGCGUGCCCUUCACCAGCGACGGCGUGCGCCUGAUCCGCGUCGACUUCCCCAGCGCGGGCGCCGGCGCGGCGCACAGCGGCUACUCCACCCCGACGUCGGCCGCGCGCCGCGCCUUGUCGCCCAUGCCCACGCCCGCGGUGGACGCGGACGACGACGUGCUGCUGUACAGCCCCGGCCGCGACCGCGAGCAUCCGCUGAGCCUCAGCGCGCGCUCCGAGGCGAAGCUGCUCGAGCACAGGGUCGCGAAGGUCGCCACGAAGAAGUGCUCCGUGGAGGAGGUCGUCACGCUCCAGCGCGAGCUGCAGGACUGGCUGCGCGCGGACGGCAAGCACGAUGACCAGGCGGCUCUCAAGCUCAGCGCGGCGCUCCUGCGCGCGAUCAUCCUCAACCACACCGCGCACACCCAGGCGACGGAGCACGCAAAGUCCGUCGAGGCCGCGCUCAAGGAGAAGCUCGACGAGGUGCAGGCCGCCAAGGACCAGCUCGAGGCCGAACUGCGCAGAGAGAGGGAGAGGGAGAGAGAAAAGGAAAAGGAGCGGCUGCGCGAGCGCGAGCGCGCGCACCACCAGCUGAUCCAGCGCUGGAUGCCGACGAUCGACGCGGCUGCGAGCAGCCCGCCGCACUCGAAGCUCGCCGCGUGGCCGCCGGCGCUGCGCCAGAAGACGCCGGCGCCGUCGCCCCGCGCGUGAGCACGCCCGCGCACGCACGCUAUUUAUCCGCCCGUCUGGUGGUGUCAGUUAUUGCUUGUCUGGAUCCUCGUUCUGCAGCUCGCCCCGCUGCGCCUCGCUACGACUUUGAUUACAUCGCCCGCUAUGGUACUAGACGCCUAGUUGCUCGCGCUACCGCCUCUAUCCCCGCCUUCGCCUCCACCUCCGACCCGCCCC